CAUGGCGGAUAACGUUGGUCAAGUGCUUGUAGUUAGCUGUAGUUCAUUUCUCUCCUCUGAAGAUAUUAUUCGUGAAAUGUGCAAGACAGAAUUUUCAUCUCCAAAAGAGCUUUCAAAUGGCAGUUUGAUUGCGUACCAAUGGAAAAUAGAAAAUAAGUAUUAUACAGCAGAUGUGCAACUUUGUGCUUCUUCUGUGAGCUCUCUCCCUCCUCAAUGUGAGUUUGCUGCUAACAUGAACUUCCAGAGUGUCAUUAUCGCGUUCGAUCUUAGUGAGAAAUCAAGUUUUCACAAUGUGAAAUCAUGGCUUCCGUAUGUUGAGACACAGGACCCAUCUGUACUGUUACUACUUGACUCUGGUAAAGGAAACAGCAGUAAAGAAAGUUCUAAAUCAGAGGUAGUUAAGUGGUGUUUGAAUAACUCAUUUGAAUUUAUUGAAAUGAAUUCUGAAGAAGAAGAAACCGAAGAAGAAGAAGAUGACUUUCAAGAGAAGACUGGGAUUGAUAGAGUUGUCGAGGCUCUUCAAUGUGCAGAAUGGCCAAACAUGAAAAUGCGAGAGAAUCCACGGAGUCAUAAAAGUUCCGAAGGAACGCAACAAGCGAAGGCUGUGCUCAGCAAUGACGAAAAACUAAGCAGCAACCAAGCUGCAGCAGCCGAGCGGCCACCAGUCUUCCCUCUGCCAACUGAUGAUCUCGAAUUGCUUAGCUGCCUCGCCAGUGAUGGAAACGACAAUGAAUCCUUUGAGGAAUUAUUUCAAAAACUGGCGGUCAUGAAAGAACGUGCAUCGUCUCUUCCAGCAACCGAAAGGAAGGAUUACGCAGAGAAGGUGGCCAUUGCUUUUUGGCGCGCCUUGGGUGGAAGUGAAGAAGAAAUUGCUGGGUUAGGCGAGAACGACGGCGACAAUAGCGAAGAUGGAGAGAAGUAGAUAUAGAGAACGUCGCUCCGGCGAAAACUGGAAAAUAUAAAUAACAUUUCUUGGUGGGACUUGAUACAGUGGCCCAUGUUUUUCAUUGAUGCAUGGGCGUCAAGUACAGACCUGUCAGACAUCAUGUUUAUCGUCAUCAGUGACGGAGAAGCUCCGAGUUUUUAACGGCUUUUUCGGUGAACAUACUGUUUUUGAUGUCCAAACAAGAUGACGUUUGGACUGACAUUGUAACUUAAUCAAAAAACUUGCAAUUUAUUUGGCAUAUAAUAUAAAAUGUUCAUAAACUUAGAAAUUGGACAACAACCACAUUUGCACUGCCCUCUAAGAUAAGAAAAAUAAGUGCAAAACCUUAAGAAACAAAACUCUGCGAUGUAAGGAAUAGAGAAUGUAUUGACUGAGAAGAGGCCUCUCAUGACUAACUCCUCGUACCAGCCACUUUGCGGAUCAUCUCGAUAUAGUGGCAGUUCACAAUUAAGCAUCUUAGUUUAUGCUUUACCUAAGGAAGCCGUGGUAGUCCAGAACACAAUUGCGGCGGACGUCUGCGCGUGUAAUGUAUAAGUGACCCCUGGUUUGAAAGAUAGGACUCGCUGCCUUCUGAGAGUGAUGUUGUUUUUUUGUAUGGCCGUCGUAUAUGCAGAUGUAAAAGUAAGAAUGAAUGUUUGGGACCAGAAAAGGUGCCUAUUAAAGGAUGUGGGGCAUGUGGCUUUUUUCCAAGGAAGAAUUGUUAAGAAUCUGAACUUUAAUUCACAACUGUUCGGUAAAUAAAAGCAUUCUUGUGACAAUUGUUCGCAAAAUCUGCCGAGACGAAGAGCAACACUGUAAAUAAAAU